CAUAAUAAUACGUGCUUCAACAUUGGAUAAUUAACAUGAACAAGCUUCAACAUAAUUCAUUCGAAUAUUGUACUUUGCUGUGAAUCGUGAACAAUCUAUUUUUAAUUUAUUUGACUUUGGUAGCAUAUUGGUAGCAUUGGUGAAACUAUAAACAAAUGAAGCGGUGAAUAAUUAGGUUAUGACUUUGAGAAUUGAAAUUAUGUGAUACUAGUUUAAGUCAAAAUGAGUAAAGAACGCAAUGCGCCGUCCGAUGAGAGGAAAUAUUUCUUGCAGGUGCUACAAACAUUUCAAAGUUACAGGCAAGCACCAGUCCAUGCUGAGGAUUGAGCAUCGAGAGGAAUGUCUGGCAACAUUACCUAGCAGACACAAGAAAUGGCUGUCAAAGUACAAGACAGAUUUGGAGGGUUUCAAAAAGGCUGUUGACACAAAUGCAUCAUUCGUACCUAUUGUCGUUGAACAUGCAAAGAAUAUUUUUGAGAAUGUUUGCAGCCAAGAUGGGACUACACAUUCAGAAACUGAGGUUGGGACAUUAUCAGAGGGCCUGGACAAGGUGCAAUCUGUAUUCAAGCAUUUGAUGCGUGACUGGAGCACCUUUGGGGCAGAGGAGAGGGAGCAAUGCUACAAUCCAAUAAUUGAGGAAAUUGAAGCUCAAUUUCCAGCAGAAACAUCCAACAGGGCUGACAUUAAUAUCCUUGUUCCUGGAGCAGGCUUAGGAAGGUUAGCCUUUGAGAUUGCUUCAAGGGGUUUCAGUUGCCAAGGCAAUGAGUUCAAUUUGUUUAUGUUAAUUGUUUCUUUCUAUGUAUUGAAUCAUUGUAAGAAUGUAGAGGAAUUCGUAAUUUUCCCCUGGAUACACCAAUACUGCAACAAUCUGUCUGCUGAAAAUCAAAUGCUCAGUGUAAAAUUUCCAGACGUUCUACCGAAACUAACGGAGAGCCAAUUUUCUAUGGUCGCCGGGGAUUUUCUCGAAGUGUACACCGAUUGCGAUGAGUGGAAUUGCAUCGCCACGUGCUUCUUCAUCGAUUGCGCUGCUAAUGUAGUUCAGUUCAUCGAAACGAUAUAUGAAAUAUUAAAGCCGGGAGGAGUAUGGAUCAAUUUGGGACCACUUCUCUAUCAUUACUCCGACAUGAAGAACGAGAGAAGCAUCGAGCCGAGUUUCGAAAUUCUGUGCAGUGUCAUUAAGAACAUUGGUUUCGAGAUGGAAAAGAAAGAAAUUGCCUUAAAAACACGCUAUUGCCAAAACCCGAAUGCCAUGCUGCAGUACGAGUAUGAGAGUGUGUUCUUCGUAUGCAGGAAACCAUUAAAUGUCGAUAAUUGUGCCUCUUGAAAAAUAUAUUUAUAUUUACAUUUUUCUUUGAUCUGCCAUAGGCUGUUCUUUUAAAUUUUCUUUUAUUUUAUUUUUCAAGUCGAUGGUAUUGAUUAGAAUAUUGCUACAAUCGACAUAAAG